GUUCGUCUUCCUGUGUUUUUUCCCCCUGGUUUGAACGUAGCAGACACUGUUCGUCCAAUGAUAUGACUCCACAUGCAGCGCAGGGAAGAGGGGCAGCAGUGAGGCACUUUGAUAAAACCAGACUGUCAGCACCGUGUGGAGCCACAGAGAGCUGCGCCACGGUGAGAAACGGCACGGCACGGCACGGUACGGUAGCACAGAGGACUGGACCGGGUGAAUGCAGUCCUUAACACGGGACUCUGCUGCAGACACUUUUCCACCAUUUUCGGAGAUAAGAGGACGCUCAGAGUAAUCUUCACUCAGACAGGGAAGAGAAAUUUGGCUUGCAACAACAUUUUUUUCUCCGUAAUUCACGUGAAGAGAAUCUUAACGGGGCAGGGGGACACCUUAGUCAGUGGCUAACGAUAGCUAUCCGAGUGUGAAUGCACAUCUCUCAGUUGGCAAACUCCUAUUCAUUUCAAAGUGUUGACAGCUUUAAAGAGCCCGAAGGUACCUUUCGGCAGUAUUUUGUGUGAAGCUGAGCGGGAAGGAGCCGUCUGUCCAAUAUGGAGAACGCUCACACGAAGAGUGUGGAAGAAGUUUACAGUUAUUUCUGCGUCAAUGAAAGCACAGGACUUUCCCUGGACGAGGUGAAACGACAGAAGGAGAAAUGGGGCCUAAACGAGUUACCAGCAGAGGAAGGGAAAUCUUUGUGGGAGCUUGUCCUUGAACAGUUUGAAGAUCUACUUGUUCGAAUUCUUCUACUGGCAGCAUGUAUAUCUUUUGUCCUAGCAUGGUUUGAGGAGGGAGAAGAAACUAUCACAGCCUUUGUGGAGCCUUUUGUAAUUUUACUCAUUCUUAUAGCCAAUGCCAUCGUCGGUGUGUGGCAGGAACGCAAUGCUGAGGAUGCCAUUGAGGCACUUAAGGAGUAUGAGCCUGAGAUGGGGAAAGUGUACCGGCAGGACAGGAAGACCGUGCAGAGGAUCAAGGCCAGAGACAUUGUGCCUGGUGACAUCGUGGAGGUUGCUGUUGGAGACAAGGUGCCUGCUGACAUCCGGAUCUGUUCUAUCAAAUCAACAACUCUGAGGGUAGACCAGUCCAUUCUGACCGGUGAAUCUGUCUCUGUCAUCAAACACACCGACCCUGUGCCCGACCCCCGUGCUGUCAAUCAGGACAAGAAGAACAUGCUUUUCUCUGGUACCAACAUUGCAGCUGGGAAGGCCGUGGGUGUGGUUGUGGCCUCUGGUGUUAACACAGAGAUUGGUAAGAUUCGUGACGAGAUGGCGGCCACUGAGCAGGAGAAGACACCCCUGCAGCAGAAGCUGGAUGAGUUUGGCGAGCAGUUGUCCAAGGUCAUCUCCCUCAUCUGUAUCGCCGUGUGGAUCAUCAACAUCGGCCACUUUAACGACCCCGUCCAUGGAGGCUCCUGGAUCCGCGGGGCCGUCUACUACUUCAAGAUUGCUGUGGCGCUGGCUGUGGCUGCUAUCCCUGAAGGUCUUCCUGCUGUCAUCACCACCUGCCUGGCCCUGGGCACUCGCCGCAUGGCGAAGAAGAACGCCAUCGUCCGCAGCCUGCCAUCCGUGGAGACCCUGGGCUGCACCUCUGUCAUCUGCUCUGACAAGACAGGAACCUUGACCACCAACCAGAUGUCUGUCUGCAGAAUGUUCGUUAUCAACAAAGCUGAAGGUGACAGCUGCUCUCUGUCAGAGUUCACCAUCACUGGUUCUACCUACGCACCUGAGGGAGAAGUGUUCCAUGAUGGUAAACUAGUUAAAUCCUCCCAGUAUGAUGCCCUGGUUGAACUGGCUACCAUCUGUGCCCUGUGUAAUGACUCCUCACUGGACUUUAACGAGGCGAAAGGUGUGUAUGAGAAGGUCGGUGAGUCCACAGAGACCGCGCUGACCUGUCUGGUGGAGAAGAUGAACGUCUUCGACACUGAGGUCCACAGCCUCUCCAAGAUUGACAGAGCUAAUGCCUGCAACUCAGUGAUCAAGCAGCUGAUGAAGAAGGAGUUCACCCUGGAGUUCUCCAGAGACCGGAAGUCCAUGUCUGUCUUCUGCACCCCCAACAAGUCUCGUUCUUCCAUGGGCAAGAUGUUUGUCAAGGGAGCCCCGGAGGGAGUUAUUGAUAGGUGCACUCAUGUCAGAGUUGGCAACAGCAAAGUUCCCAUCAGCAAAGGUAUCAAAGAAAAGAUCAUGUCUGUGAUCCGUGAGUACGGGACAGGUCGUGACACCCUUAGGUGCCUGGCUCUGGCCACACGAGACAGCCCACCAAAAAUGGAGGACAUGAUACUGUCUGACACGGCCAAAUUCUCAGAGUAUGAGUCUGACCUGACCUUUGUCGGCUGUGUCGGCAUGCUGGACCCUCCCAGACAGGAGGUGGCUGCCUCUAUCAAGCUGUGCCGACAGGCUGGCAUCCGCGUCAUCAUGAUCACCGGAGACAACAAGGGCACAGCUGUGGCUAUCUGCCACCGCAUUGGCAUCCUGACCGAUGACGAUGAUGUGGAGCGCAUGGCCUUCACUGGACGAGAGUUUGAUGAACUCUCACCCUAUGAUCAGCGUGAGGCUGUGACUCAUGCUCGCUGUUUCGCCCGUGUCGAGCCUUCCCACAAGUCCAAGAUUGUUGAGUUCCUGCAAGGAUUUGACGAGAUCACUGCUAUGACGGGUGAUGGAGUGAACGAUGCCCCUGCCUUGAAGAAGGCAGAGAUUGGCAUCGCCAUGGGCUCUGGCACUGCCGUGGCCAAGUCAGCCUCUGAGAUGGUCCUCGCCGACGACAACUUUUCUUCCAUUGUGGCCGCAGUAGAAGAAGGCAGAGCUAUUUACAACAACAUGAAGCAGUUUAUCAGAUACCUUAUCUCUUCCAAUGUGGGGGAGGUUGUGUGCAUCUUCCUUACUGCGGCGCUGGGCUUCCCUGAGGCUCUGAUCCCAGUCCAGCUGCUCUGGGUCAACUUGGUGACUGAUGGCCUCCCUGCCACCGCCCUGGGCUUCAACCCACCAGACCUGGACAUCAUGGAGAAGCCUCCUCGUAAUGCUAAGGAGCCCCUCAUCUCCGGCUGGCUCUUCUUCAGAUACCUGGCCAUUGGAUGCUAUGUGGGUGCAGCCACGGUGGGAGCCGCUGCCUGGUGGUUUACUCUCUCUGACGAAGGACCUCAGGUCACUCUGUACCAGCUGAGCCACUUCCUCCAGUGCGCCCCAGACCACCCAGACUUUGACGGCCUGGACUGCGAAGUGUUUGAGUCGCCCUACCCAAUGACCAUGGCCCUGUCUGUGCUCGUUACCAUUGAAAUGUGCAAUGCUCUUAACAGUCUGUCAGAGAACCAGUCUCUCCUGCGGAUGCCUCCCUGGGAGAACAUUUGGCUCCUGGGGGCCAUCUGCCUCUCUAUGUCCCUCCACUUUCUCAUCCUCUAUGUGGAACCUCUGCCUGUCAUCUUCCAGAUCACCCCUCUGGAUACGACCCAGUGGAUGAUGGUGCUGAAGAUCUCCGUGCCCGUCAUCCUGCUGGACGAGCUGCUAAAGUUUUUGGCGAGGAACUACUUGGAAUUUGGUAAACAGCUGGAGAAGCCGGCCAGAAAGGGCUGCUCUCUGUCUGCAUGUGCCGAGGGCAUCUCCUGGCCCUUCGUGGCCAUCUCCCUGCCCCUGGUGCUGUGGAUCUACAGCACUGACACUAACGUGUCCGCCAUGUUUUGGCCCUGACUGACUCCAGCACACUACCCUCCCUGUGCACCAGUGUGAAGUGGACAUUAACACACACAUCUAACACAGUUACAUUAACUCGGAACAACUUACAGUCAACACUUGCACCUGCUCUGACGCUCUGUCUGCUGUCAGAUCUUUUGUAUUUAGGACAUUUUCACCGAUACAUAUUUUUGGGCGGGGGGUUGGGGCUUAGUCAUAUUUUACUGACUUUGACUGACAUUAUGUCCAUGUGUUUUAUUUUACCAUCACGCGUUUCUCUCUUGAUCCCCUGUGCUGAACGUAUAGAGAUGCCCACCGUGUCGGAGCUAUGUGUUGAACUGUACAGAGAAUUUACACUAUUUUAUGAUAAUUAAUAUUUUGUAAUUUUUGGGAGGGGCUGUGGGGUCAAGAAUGCUGGGUGUGAAGAGGAUGAUCUAAGGACCGUAUAGUACAAUACUAAUUUUGGGGCAAAGACUUGAAUGUAUUUGCCCUAGCAUGAAUCUCUGUUGUCAUUUUUUGAGCUCCAUGCGUCGUCGUUCAUUCUUUUCUGCAUUAGGCAGAGCACAGCUACCUCAAUGCUGUUAAUAUGAUCAUUACUACCCAUUUGUCUUAACAGUCAUUUCAUAGAUUAGCAUUUGAAGUGUUGAGGUAAGCACCAUUUUGUUUUGCAGUAGAGACAAAACCCUCACACAUUUUUAUGUUGUUUUU